AUUAUUCUCGGCUGAAGUGAGAGAACUCGCGCUUGAAAGAUGCUCCUCUCGCGCGCUCUGAAUCUAUCCAAUCACCGCUUUCAUGCUGUUGACCAAUGACGGGGACGUAUGUAGGCUGGAAUACGCCCCUUCUUUAAAAGUGCGUGGAUUUGGCUAACCUCGUUUGGGGGAAACACAUUUCGCAAGCGUUCACGGAAGUCUCGAGAUGUUGCACCUCUGUUUUGAAGCACUUUUGCGCAGCCUUAACAGUAAUUUGUUUCUACCCAGCUAGUGUGGUGUUGCAUCUCAUCACUCAACUUCCGGUUUUCUUAUCGUUGUCGACUAUCAGCAGGUUGCCAGUUUCGGUGCAAUGUCCAUCUGGUAUCUCCACCUUGUUAUUGCACAAACGAGGACUCGUCAGACAGACAGUGCAGCACCCGACUCGAUGAGGCGUGUGGACCACUUCAGAGGUUUAUUAACUAGCUAGCUGAUCAUCAAAAUAAAACGGCACCACCUUAAAAAACAUGAGUCCAGAAGGAAAGACACUGUUGAACAUCGUAAUCCUGGGCUUUGGAUUUAUGUUCGUGUUCACUGCUUUUUCAACAUGUGGAAAUAUAGAGCAAACUGUGAUCAAGAGUUUCAACAGCACUGGCUUCAGUGGGAGUGGAUACACAAGCAUGUCCAUCAUCUAUGGAGUUUUCUCUGCAUCCAACCUUAUUGCUCCCUCGGUAGUGGCUGUUAUAGGACCACAACUUUCCAUGUUCUUUAGUGGACUAGCAUACAGUGGAUACAUUGCCACGUUCAUCCAACCCUUCACUUGGAGUUUUUACGCAGCCUCUGUAGUUGUUGGAAUAGCGGCUGCAAUAUUGUGGACUGCUCAGGGUAACCUACUCACCAUCAACUCUACAGAUGUCACCAUUGGCAGGAACUAUGGUAUUUUCUGGUCCUUGCUACAGUUCAGCUUUUUAUUUGGGAACAUGUAUAUUUAUUUUGCCUGGUAUGGCCAUGUUCACAUAUUAGACAAGGAUCGCCAGACUGUAUUCAUCGCUCUCACGGUCAUAAGCCUGAUAGGCAGCUUCCUGUUCUUCCUGAUCCAGAAGCCAGAGCCUAAGUCCAUAUCCUCUGAUGAAUCUGAGUCACUGCUGCAGGCUGAGUCCUCAGAGAGUGCCUCUGUUGUUGUAGUCCCUCAAGGUCUCGGUUCCCAGGCUCUGGAUGCUUUCAGGAAGGCAUUGCAGCUGUCUGUCACUAAAGAGAUGCUGCUGUUAAGCAUCUUCAUAGCAUACACAGGCCUGGAGCUGACCUUUUACAGUGGGGUAUAUGGGACGUGUAUUGGGGCCAUGACUCAAUUUGGGGACAAUGCCAAAAGUCUGAUUGGGCUCUCAGGCAUUUUCAUUGGCAUUGGGGAGAUCCUGGGAGGGGGCAUGUUUGGGAUGUUGAACAAGUGCAACCGGUUUGGGAGGAGCCCUGUGGUGCUGUUGGGGCUGAUCACUCACUUUGUGGCCUUCUACUUGAUCUUCCUGAACAUCGCCAGUGACGCCCCUCUGGCCCCAGAGGAGGGUACAAACCUGCAGGCCUUCAUCACCCCCAGUGUUGAGUUGGCUCUGCUGUGCAGCUUCCUGCUUGGCCUUGGAGACAGCUGCAUCAACACCCAGCUGUUGAGCAUUGUGGGAUACAUGUUCCAGGAGGACAGCGCUCCCGCCUUCGCUGUCUUCUACCUUGUCCAGUCCAUCAUGGCAGCCCUGGCCUUCUUCUACAGUAACUACCUACUACUGCACUGGCAGCUGCUCAUCAUGGUGCUAGUGGGCUUCCUGGGCACACUAUCCUUCUUCAUAGCUGAGUGGAUGGUGGUCUCCAGAAGAUGUGAUACUGACAACAAUAGCAUAUGACAACCUAGGCCUAGGGGACAAGGGGCUGUGGUGAGAGGAACUUCCUAUCAUCCCUUUAGGACCCUUCAACUGACACUGUCACUGGCCAACCUCAGCCCCACUAAGCACAGACUGUCGGUAAUGCUGUUUUUGAAGUCAUCCCAACUAUAGAUUUUUGCUUUUCAAGUGCAAGAGACACUUUCUGUUGAAUGCUGUAUGUUUGCUCUACUUGGAGCAAAUCAGUCCAUUUUUUAAAGGAGGGUUGUAACGCCGUUCAUCUGUUGAAGGAGAGUCGGACCAAAAUGCAGCGUGGUGGUUACUCAUGUUCUUUAAUGAAGAAUAGUGAUACAUGAAAUAACUUAAUAUAUACAAAACAACAAACGGAACGUGAAAACCUAUAACAGCCUAUCUGGUGAACACUACACAGAGACCGGAACAAUAACCCACAAAAUACACAGUGAAACCCAGGAUACCUAAAUAUGGUUCCCAAUCAGAGACAACGAAAAUCUGAUUGAGAACCGCCUCAGGCAGCCAAGCCUAAUCUAGACACACCCCUAAUCAGCCACAAUCCCAAUGCCUACAAAAAAACCAAUACGACAACACAAUAAACCCAUGUCACACCCUGGCCUGAACAAAUAAUUAAAGAAAACACAAAAUACUAAGACCAAGGCGUGACAAGGGUAUGAUAGUGAAAUCCAUACAAAAUUAUUGAACAAUGCUGUGAAUAUGCAUUACUUUGUUGAUGUUUAUGGAAAGCUAAUUCUUAUUAUUUUAACCGCUCUUUCAGAUUGUUAUUGCAACCCAGCUAAAUUCUGGAAAACUGUCAAAUAUGUUAAGGGUUCUACUUCUUCCUCUCUGCCACAGCAAAUUAAUUCAGACACUGGCCUCAUUUCUGGGAAAAAUGGCACCAUUGAUCAAUUUUAUUUGAUUUAACUAGGCAAGUCAGUUAAGAACAAAUUCUUAUUUUCAAUGACAGCCUAGGAACCGUGGGUUAACUGCCUUGUUCAGGGGCAGAAAAACAGAUUUUUACCUUGUCAACUCAGGGAUUCAAUCUUGCAACCUUUCGGUUACUAGCCCAAUGCUCUAACCCCAAGGCUACUUGCCGCCCCAAUUUAAUCACCAUUUUAUUUCAGCGGGCUCUCUCUUUGAAAUAACUUAUAAGCCAAUUCACAAUGAUAUUGGGCUGGAUGCUGAUAGGGGAAAAAUGCUGAAUGAUCAGAGAAAUUAUAGUCAAAGCUUUUAUUUUAGGCUAUUUACAGAAAAAUAAUUCCAGGAUGCUUUGCCAGCGAUAGAAAACAAGACAUCCACAGGGGCCAACCAAUUGGAUCCCAGUUUGCUUAAGUGUGCAGCGCCCAUCAUUGUAGGCUUGAUAACCCAAAUUGUUUUCAGGAAAUAUUCCAAAAGUAUGGAAAUCAGCUCUUGUGCUGCGACUCCAUAUGGGCGGGGAUAGUAGUGAUCUUAAUGAAUAUUGCCCCAUUUCCAGGCUUCCUUGUCUAAUUAAAGUUCUUGAAUCCUUAGUGAAUGUACAACUUUGCUUUUUUAAAUCUGAGAAAUGUAUUUUGAAUGUAAACCAAUCAGGGUCUAGACCUGGGCAAAGCACUAUUACAGGAGCCACUUUAGUUGUUAAUGAUCUUGUCAACGCUUUAGACACUAAAAUGAAAUGUGCUGCUUUGUUUGUGGACCUGUCAAAAGCUUUUGAUACUUGGUGAAUGCACCAAUUUGUAAGUCGCUCUGGAUAAGAGCGUCUGCUAAAUGACUUAAAUGUAAAUGUAAAUGUAAUACUGUUGAUCAUGCUAUUUUAUUGAAUAAGUUGUCCUC